CAUCGUCGUCAUCCCCUAAUUCCGCCUCAAAUUCAUCGCUUCCGUAGGGCAUUAACCGACAAACACUAGUUGGCUUAGCAACCUCCACGUUCAACCCUCUCGUGGGCAACCUCCACGUGUCUCCCCAUUCAUACAUGCAAAAAUGGGAAAGAUCCAAGCCAAGCAGCAUCCCAGAAACUCAAUAGCCAAUUUCCCAAAUCCCCCAUUCCAUUCACAUCUGUGAAAAAGGCUGAGAUUGAGAACAUACGAAGGCCGCAUCCUUAUUCCUUCAUCCCUUUUGGCGGCGUCUUUGGUUGGGCCCUACAUUCCCUGGCGCGGCUUUCUCUCUAUAUAAACAAGACAACCCAGAUGCUCUCUUCCCCAAUUCGCACCCUCUCCCGUCAAAAUCCCAUCUUUGCUUCCUCUCCAGCUGCUUCUCUUCUACGCGCUCCUAGUCAGUCGUUUCCUUCUUCGUUGGGUUUGUCGCCGAUCGUUUCCCGUUCUCCGCAUCACCCGUCGCGGUCUUUGAACUCUCCGCCGCUGUCGCUUUCCUCUUUGUCUCCUAAUUCUCUGAGGUUCGAUCGCGCUAUGGCCAGCAACUCCGACUCUCCCCAGUCCAUCUACGACUUCACUGUCAAGGAUGCUAGGGGGAAAGAUGUUGAUCUCGGUAUCUACAAGGGGAAGGUUCUUAUGAUUGUUAAUGUGGCUUCUCAGUGGUAAUGUUCUACUUUUUCCGCUAGAAAGUUAAUUAGUUGCUGUAAAAGCUCUGCAUAGAACAUGGGAAAUUACUGGUUCUUUGUAUCAGCCAUUCUCCGGGGUAGUUGGUUUCGGAUGAACCAAAUGGUAGAUUGUAGGCUUAGCUGUGGCGCCUGAAAUAGAGCUAUCUAUGUGGACGAUGAAUUGUUAACCAGUUUGUUCGUCGCGGCUUGACCAAUUCCAACUACACCGAGCUCACUCAGCUGUACCAGAAGUACAAGGAUCAAGGUUUGGAGAUCUUGGCUUUCCCUUGCAACCAGUUUGGAUCUCAGGAACCUGGAAACAAUGAACAAAUUGUGGAGUUUGCUUGUACACGUUUCAAGGCUGAGUACCCCAUUUUCGACAAGGUUGAGGUGAAUGGUAAAGAAGCUGCUCCGAUCUACAAGUUCCUGAAGUCAAGCAAAGGUGGACUGUUUGGGGAUGGUAUCAAGUGGAACUUCACCAAGUUCCUUGUUAACAAAGAGGGCAAGGUUGUGGAGCGCUAUGCUCCCACUACUUCCCCUCUCAGCAUUGAGAAAGAUGUGAAGAAACUCCUUGGGAUUGCUUAGGGGAUUCGAACUAGAGUGUACACUCUGUCUAUCAGACCAUUGGACGGGUUUAUGGUUAAAUAAGGAAGAAACUAGCUUCAAUAAUGCACAGCUGCUUUUGUAAAGCAUUGUAAAACUAGACAUCUGAGUUGCUUGUAUGUUGUUGCAUGUCUGGAAAGAGUGUAAUAAUACAGUUACAGUUAUCACCUCCCCUUCGUUCCAUCAUUUGCCACCUUUCUACGCAAUUUAGCUGGUCUGGAUGGCUUAUCCGAACAGUAACCUGGGUUCUGGAAACGUUUCCUUGCCAAGAAGAAAGUCACAGAUAAUUACACCGGAGAAUUCAUGUUCUUUCCAACACUGUAAGAUUUCAUUGUCAAGGUUAGUCUCUCUGGUUUCGGCGUAUGCUUGACCAACGAAUCUCUCUCUCUCUCUCUCUCUCUCUCGCUCGCUCGUUUUAAGAAUCCUAAGGGGUGGGGUGAGGAGAACGAUGACUACUUGGAUUCCUUCGCACCAGGUUGCUUCCACGGGUUUUACUUCUGUUCGUUCUUCCAUGAUUCACUGAUAUCUGGAUAUCACUGUAAUGACUGAAACUUGACUGGAAUU